GUCAAUUUCAGAACACAAAGGUGCAACACUUUCGAGUAAAGAUCAAAGAGGGUCGCAAUGGAGUGGAAAAGUGUUAGAAUUGUGGGUGUGGUGGCUUUCUUGGUGGUGUUGGUUUUAGCAAAAAAUGUCACAGCCCAGCCUGCUGGGGAUGGGGUUUAUGCUUGUUGGGGAGGAUGCUACAAUGAGUGUAUUCUCCGAACUGGCAAAGAUCCAUCACAGAGGUUGCCAUGUUAUGGCAGUUGCCUGGGACAAUGCGUUCCUCAAUCUCCCUCGGAUUAUCAGUAUUAUUGUCAGAUUGGUUGUUCAUUCGAAUCUUGCAUCCUCUUUAGCUACGAUGGGGCAAGCCUGGAAAGGUGCAUUGAAAGCUGUGCCAAUCUCUGCAAGCCUUAAAAGCUUAGUCAUCUAAACUUUAUGUAAUAAAUAAGAUUGACUCCUGGUUUGUCUUUACUCUGUAUAAUAAUUCUAUUAGAUUAUUAGGGUGAUCAUUUUAUUUUCUUUUAUUUCCCUUUUAAUUUUAUUAUAUGUACUCGGUAAUUAAUAUAAUUACCAUGUUGGAUAUUGUGAUAAAUAAUCAACACAACACAAUGGGAC